GACGAUGCUGGCUUCAUUGCGGCCCAAGCGCCACUGCAGUCGACAGCAGAAGACUUCUGGUCGAUGAUAGUGCAUAACUCUUGUGAAGUCAUAUUCGUACUUUGUCAACUACGAGAAGACGGCAGGAACAAAUGCGUACAGUACUGGCCGUCACCGAUGGGAGCUAGUAAUAUUGUGGCGC